AUGGUGAGCCACGGUACUCUGGGAGCCUUGCGCAGCCUGGGGCUGGAGGUUGCGCAGUCGAGUCCUUGCGUGCUCUGCGGGCCAAAGGCGCCGCGACUGCGGGGGCUCUGCACAUCGCCCCGGCGAGGCGCCGAAGAUCGUGGAAGCGCCCCCCCUGAGUCUCCUCCAUCGCUGCAGACACCGGCUACUCUCUUCUUGGAAAGCCUGUCGGUGACUUUCCAGCAGCACGCUGUGUCCAAGGAGGACAUGCGCGAGGGAGAGUCGGUGACACAGUCCUUUGCAAGGCAGGUAGGGCUCCAGGACGACUCGUCGAUGGUCAAGACCAUGGUGUUUGACAUCGACAAGGGUGCCGCGCAGGAGCCUAUCUUUGUGUUGCAGCAUGGGAACAAGAAGGUCGACACGAAGCGCUUGGCUGCUGCUGCGGGCGUCAAGCGUGACCACGUGAAGCCCACGAAGCCCGAGCGCGCGACGGCUUUCACAGGUUAUGUGUUUGGUGGCACGACGGUGUUCGGCAGCAACACGCAGCUGAAGACCUAUGUAGAGACGUCGAUAUUUAACCUGGAGACUGUCUAUGUUAACGGUGGCAGCACCAGCUUGUGCCUUUCCAUGAGCAGCGCCGACUUCGAGCGCGCCUUGGGUGAAUGCACAAGGGUGGAAGUGGCUGGCGGCUGA